AUGCCGAGCCCAUACAAUGUCACUGAAUUCAUUUUCCUAGGAUUUUCUCCCAGUCUGCAGGUGCAGAGGGCUUGCUUUGUGAUCUUUCUGCUCCUGUACGCCGCAAUUGUGCUGGGGAAUUUCCUCCUCAUACUCGCUGUCGUGAGUAGCGCAAGUCUUGGAUCCCCCAUGUACUUCUUCCUCAGCUGCCUGUCCCUGGUGGAGAUCUGCUACUCGUCCACUACUGCCCCCAAACUCAUCUCGGACCUGCUGGCUGACAGGAAAUCCAUCUCAGUGGGGUGCUGCAUGGCACAGCUUUUCUUCCUGCAUUUCUUCGGAGGCAUUGAGAUGUUUGUGCUGACAGUGAUGGCCUAUGACCGCUACGUGGCCAUCUGCAAACCUCUGCACUACACGACUAUCAUGAACUGGCAGGUGUGUGCUGUCCUCGUGGGAAUAGCGUGGGCGGGAGGCUUCCUACACUCCACUGCCCAGGUCCUUCUCAUCUUCCAGCUGCCCUUCUGUGGCCCCAAUGUGAUUGACCACUAUUUCUGUGAUGUGCUGCCUCUGCUCAAACUUGCCUGCUCAGACACCUUCCUCAUUGGUCUCCUGAUUGUUGUCAAUGGGGGAACUCUGUCUGUGGUCAGCUUUGUGAUUCUAUUAGCAUCUUAUGUGGUCAUCUUGGUCCAUCUGAGGAGCCGUAGCUCUGAGGGGCGGCGCAAAGCCCUCUCCACCUGCGCAUCCCAUGUCACUGUGGUGACUUUGUUCUUCGCACCUUGCGUCUUCAUCUAUCUGAGGCCUUCUGCCACUCUGCCUGUAGAUAAGCUGGUAGCCGUGUUCUACACUGUGAUAACCCCGCUGCUCAACCCUGUCAUCUACUCGCUGAGAAACGCUGAAGUGAAGAAGGCCGUGAAGAGCCUGUGGAUCAGGACAGUGAGGCGAGUGACAGACAGAGGCUGA